AUGUUCUCCCCGAUCAUCGCCCGCCGGAUCCCAGCAGCUCCUGAUUUCGGCCCCCUGCACGGCGAUAUCACCUUCGCGGAGCUAUGGGCGCUCCUGGACAUGGCCGCCUACGUGGUCUAUGACCUGGUCCUUCUACAUUAUCUGGUCGAGACCCUCGAGGCUCUGGCGCGCUCGUAUGGCGAUGCGACACUUAAGGUCGACAACGAAAGCGCCGACGGCGCGUGCGCUGACGAGGUCGGCGUCGAAGCUCGUGCGAGCUUGUGCGGCGGGCCGGCACCGCCGGACGACAUGCGCCGCGCCGGCAACGCAUCGUCCACCAACGACGGUGCAGAGCCCCGGUACGGUGAUGCGAACACAGUGUUGGACGACGCGCUUUCUGGGGACACGGCCGGUGACUGCGACAACCUUGAAACAGAGGUCAAAAAGUCCCGGGAUGACGAUGCGGCAGCCGUGAAGAAAAGGAAGAAGAAAAAGAAAGGCCACGGCGAACGGCGCGGUGAUGUGGAGGCUGCGGAGAACGUAAGCGACGAGAAAUACGCGGACGUUGACGAGGUCGGCGAGUCCCAGCCUGGUGACGCAAAGGUCGAAGAGUCAGGGGAAUAUCAGGCUGCGGUCGUGAAAAGAGACAAGACGAAUAAGCAGACGAAACAGCAGCAGAACGAACACAGGGACAAACGGCCAGGUGGGACAAACGCGUCGGGCGAGGUGACGGAGCCGAGGAAGCGAACGGUCGCCGUGGAGAACGAAGACGAUAAGGAGGACGCCAACGCUCGCGAGGCAAAACGUGAAAGUGACGACUCCGACAACGACAGGAACACUGACAACGACAAUUACAAAGACACCGACACGAAGGACACAGAUAGCGGCGACAAAGCGUCGGACGCCGAGGACAAGACGGACGGGCAGAACGAGCUCAAGAGACGGAGGUCGCCAGCAUUUAACGACUACCACCUGGAGGAGUGGCCACCACCUCGACGUGACUGGUCCCGGCGGCUACAACGGAAAGACACGGCACAGCGAGCGACACAGCGAAACACCUACGACAACGGCACCAGCACCAAGCAACAACGUCAGCGCCAGGAGGUCUCCCGUGACGACCCUGAGCCUGUUAGCUCAGCGGGUGUGUGCUACACCGGGCUCUCGCGGUCCUGA